AUGCCGGUUUCAGUGCGCAGGCGCUCAGUGGUUCGAGGCGCCGGCUUCUUGGCCUUCUUUGCGCUGGCUUCCAGCGGCUUCGUGCUGGAGGUGCGGCAGCUGCAGCGCCGGGCCGUGCUGCUGGUGCUGGGCGGAGCCGCGCCGGCGGAGGCAGCCAUCCCCAUGAUGGAGGAGUUCUAUCAGGGCAGUGGCAGCCAAGUGUCGAGGCCCCGCGAGGAGAUUGAGGCUGAGCAAGCGGCGGUGCAGUCUGCGUGGGACCAGGAGAAGAGCCUUUCGCUGGAUCAGGCAGCGCAGGUGGCGUUGAACUCACUGAAGGGCGCGGAGGGGUUGCUGAAGAGCGGCGACUUCGACGGCGUGAGGUCGAUUCUGGUGAGCCCCUCAGUUGGGUCCAUCGGCAUUGUGCAGUCGCCCUCGCGGGCUGGGGGCAAAGCUGUGGGUGCCUGGGCAGACAAGUGCUCCAAGAACAAGUCGUGCGAGUCCUCCUUGAUGAUCGCACGGGGCUCCUUGCAACAACUCGAGGAGUGGUGCUUCUCGAAGCGUGCCUUCUACUUCAACUCUGCCGACAAGAAGCAGGUUGAGUCUCGGCAGCAGACCGCCUCCGCGCUGAAGAAGCUCCAGGAGGAUUUGGAGGAGCCGAUGGAGUUCCUGGAUCAGGGCCGCAGCGCGCUCGAGGAGGCCUCCGGUCCGGUCGGACCGGAGCGCGGGGUGUGCGAAACGAUGCCCAACAAGGAGAAGCUCGCCAAGAAGAACGCGUACUUCCAGAAGCUGAUCAACCUCUGCGUUAACACGCCCAAUGCGCUGCUCGUGUGCGUUGACAACAUCGCCUCUAAGCAGAUGCAGGACAUCCGGAUGGAGCUGCGAGGCAAGGCUACGGUGCUCAUGGGCAAGAACACCAUGAUCCGCAAGGCCCUGGCCAUCGGCCACGAGCAGCACCCGGAGGCUGGCUUGGACAAGCUGCGGAACAUCAUGCAGGGCAACAUCGGCUUCAUCUUCGCCACGACGUCACAGCUCUUCAACUUCGGCAUGGAGUUGCCAUCCCCGCGCCCCCUGCGCGCGCCGGCGCGUGCGCGGCUCGCCUCGUCCUUGGCAGCUCCGCCACGUGGACGUUCAGCGAAGGGCGGGGUCAAAGACCUCAGACGGGGCACCAGACUGGCUCCGGCCCUGCUGGUGCUUGGCCGGCGCUUCCAGCGGCGGCGGGCCCUGGCAACCAGCGACCCAGUGGUGGUGGACACAGAGUCGGCCGGCGAGGAGAGCACCACGGGAGCGAGUGAGGCCAGCGAGACGGCCCGCGAAGGGGCGACGAGUGAGGAGGCCAGCGAGGCGGCCGGCGAGGCCGGGGAGCCAGCUGCGGCGCCAUGGUUGCUGCAGUAUGUGCCAGAGAGCAAGGACGCCUCAAGUGAUGAGCUGCUGCUCAACUUUCUGGAGGCGUUGGAGGAGCGGGGCGUGCAGCUCUACCGCGCCCAAGAGGAGGCCAUCCUGGACAUCUUCUCGGGCUGCCACGUGGUGCUGGACACGCCCACGGGCAGUGGCAAGAGCCUGGUGGCGGUGGCGGCGCUUUUCAAAGCCCUGGCGGAAGGUGGCAAAGCAUACUACACUUCCCCCACCAAGGCCCUGACCAGCGAGAAGUUCUUCGACCUCUGCUCCUUUUUCGGAGCGGCGAAGGUGGGCAUGGCCACCGGGGAUGUGUCCUUGAACACCCAGGCUCCCGUGGUGUGCUGCACAGCAGAAGUCCUGGCCAGCAUGACGUUGCGUGAUGCCUCGUGCGCCGCCAUCUCCGCGGUGGUCAUGGACGAGUUCCACUACUUCGGCGACGCGGACCGCGGCUGGGCCUGGGAGAUGCCUCUCUGGCGCCUCAGCCGGCAGUUCCGCGGCCCCGGCCUGCGCGGCGCGCGGUUCCUGCUGAUGUCCGGCACGCUGGGCCGAAACGACCGGCUCUUUCGCACCCUGCAGGAGCGGUCUGGCAUUCCUGUGCGCGUGGUUUCUUCCACCGAGCGGCCCGUGCCGCUGCGUUUUAGCUAUAGCGAGGCCUCGGUCGCCGCCUGCAUAGAAGACAUGCUGCGCUCAAAACGGGCGCCGGUCUAUGUGGUGCACUUCUCCCAGUGGGAGGCCUUGCAGACUGCCCGCCUCCUGGCCGACUCGACGGUUUUGGCGGCCUGGCGCGGCGCCGACGGCAGCGGCGGCGCGCGGCGGGCGCGCGUGGAGGGCGCGAGCUUCGGCUCGCCCUUCGGGGCGGAGCUGAAGCGGCUGCUGCUCUGCGGGGUGGGGGUGCACCACGCGGGGCUGCUGCCCUGCUACCGGCGGCUUGUAGAGCAGCUCACGCAGGACGGCUUGCUGGGCCUGGUCUGUGGUACAGACACACUGGGCGUGGGAAUCAACGUGCCCAUCCGGUCCGUGCUCUUCACCAGGCUCUGCAAGUUCGAUGGGGAGGACACGCGGACCAUGCGGUCCCGGGAGUUCCACCAGAUCGCCGGGCGGGCUGGGAGGAAGGGUUUCGAUGACCGGGGGGAUGUGGUGGCCGUGGACCCGGACUGGGUGGUCCACAACCGCGAGCUCGAGCAGAAGAAGAAGCGAGAUCCCUCCAGCGCAUCCCGGUGGCGAAGACCGCCCAGGAGGAACUACCAGCACUGGACCUCCAAGACCUUCACUGCGCUGCAGCAGAGCCGGCCGGAGCCCUUAAAGAGUCAGUUCAAGCUCUCCAUGGCCCAGUGUCUCGCGCUCGCCCAGAACUCGCCCACCCCCAGGCGUGAGAUCGAGGACCUGCUCAGCGCGGCCCAGAUCUCCAGGGGAGCCAAGCGAUUCUGGCGCCGCCAAGCGGAGACCUAUCUGCGGGCCUUGGGCUACGAGACCGACGCGGAGGUUAGCGCUGAGCCCAUCUCCAACGAGACCGCGGCGCCCGUGCCAAUGGACGACGGAAGCCUCUUCAUCUCCCAGACCCUCUCGGCGUUGCAAGUGGAUGAAGGUGCGCAGGACCCGCGGCCCUGGGCGGCGCUGGCGGCGGCGGAGGCCGCCUGCGGCGUGGCGCCCGCGCUGCAGCGCGCGGCGGCGGAGCAGCGGCUGAUGUGCCCGGAGGGCCUGGAACAGCUGCUCUUCGACGCCUUCGGGCGCUUCCGCAGCCAACAGCCCUGGGUCCCCGCGCAGUUCCUGCAGCCCAAGGGCAUCGCCUUCGCGCUGCUCAGUGACGACGGCGCCGCCUCCGGCGGCUUCGCGAACCUCGCGGAGCGCCUGGGGCAGCGCGGGGGCGUGGCGGCGGAGGGGGCCUUGCUGCGGUACCUGGCGGACGUGUACCGCGCGCUGCGGCUGGGCGUGCCGGAGGAGGCGCGGACACCUGGCAUGAGGGCCAUGGAGCAGCGCCUGCGGCAAAGCGUCAUGGAAGUGGAUUCCAGCCUCAUCAGCGAGUGGGAGGCCUUGAAGAAGAUGGAGCAGGGCACGGCCGCGGCUUCCGCGGCUUCCGCGGCUUCCGCCGCAAGGGGCGCCAUGGUCCCGGCGCUGGUCUCCGAGAAGCGGCGGAGCCGGAUGGAGCUGCAGCGCCAGGCGGAGGAGGUGCGCGCACAGCUGGAGAAGCAGCGAGGCGCCGCGGAGGCCGCGGAGCGCCAGAGGCGCGCCAGCGCCCUGGGCCGGCUGAAGGCAGCGUCCAGCAAGCUGUGGGAGAAGACCCAGGACCUCUGGCAGGAUGUGCUUGGCUUGGUGUGGAACUGCUCCUUGGACGACAUCCGAGAGGUGCUGAGCCAGUUCAAGAGGGAGUCCGGCGCUAAGGCAGGCCAGACCUCGAUCGUGGACUGGUUCAUCCCCUCGGGCCCCACCGGCAUGGACCCUUCUCAGACCUCCUUCUUCCAGGCCUUGAACAUCGGCACGAAGAUUGUGAAGGGCCAGAUCGAGCUGGUCUCUGACUUCAAGAUCCUGACCAACGGCGAGCGGGUCACCGCGAGCGGCGCCGUGCUGCUGGGCAAGCUGGGUAUCAAGCCCUUUGAGUACAAGAUGGAGGUGAAGUAUGUCUUCCAGGAUUCCACCGUCUUCAGUGCUGCAGUGCUGGACAUGUCCGAGGAGAUGCUGAUCCAGAAGUUCCUGGCCGGCAUCGCCAACAUGGCUGCCUUCAGCCGUGAGGUGGGCAUCCCCACGGAGGCAGGCCUGCCCCACGCCUUCGGCAACGCCCUGAAGAACGUGGCGGCCCUUGUGGCGGACAUCGACUUCACCUUCGAGGAGGUCGAGGAGGCCAAGAAGUUCUUCGCCGACCCCGACGCCUACGCGGCCGCCAACCCUGGGGCGGCGGCGGCCCCGGCCGCCGGUGGCGGCGGCGGUGCGGCGAAGAAGGAGGAGAAGAAGGCUGUGGUGGAGGAGGAGGAAGAGGAGGAGAUGGACUUCGACCUCUUCGGCUAA